GAUCCACCGUCCUCCAAGCUGUUUCUCACAUCCUCUCAUCAAUCAUGUCAGCUCUACGACCACCAGUAAUGUUAUCGCGAGCAGCUAGACGCUAUGUCUCGACCUCUAGAGGUCCAAAAGGUCCUCGAAGUAUCCUCAAUAAACCACGAACACCCUCCCGGAUCACGCCUCGUCCAUCACGAGCUUCGCCCUUGGCUACAAAUAGCCGCCACCAGUCUUCGCAGCAGCCAAGUCAGCAGAACAAGCCGAACGAGCAAACUCAGCAAACGCCCGAAGAACCGUCCAAGAACGCUCUGGUCGCCACGGCUCUAGCAGAGAACGAGUCCUCAGAUCUGGUUGCGCCUGUCACAAUUCCAGAUGACCCCAAUGGUGUUCUGACACCAAACCAUCCGGCGUGGGAUCUCUUAAACAACAGCUCUCUGGUCAUUCAGCGACAAAUCGAGAUGAUGAACGUCUUCCUCGGAUUCGAACAAGCCAACAGAUAUGUCAUCAUGAAUGGAAGAGGAGAAACAAUUGGAUACAUGGCCGAGCAGGAUCACGGAGUAGGCAGUAUGCUGGGCCGCCAGAUGUUCAAGACGCACCGAAGUUUUACCUCCCAUAUCUUCGACAAGAACGAGAGGGAAGUCUUGCGUAUUCACAGACCUUUCUCCUGGAUCUCAUCGCGCAUUCGCAUCUACGAUCCUACUGCUCAUGGUGACUACUCACAAUCAGACACGCUUCAAGGCACCUCGGUCCAGUCAGCCAUAGACCAAACCUCUGCAGCUCAAGUGUCACCCCUCCCACUGGCCGAUAUGCGUAUCAUCGGAGAAGCACAGCAACAGUGGGCACCUCUCCGCCGCAAAUACAACCUCUUCAACUACCGCUCUCUCGAACCAGCGAACGACUCCUCCCCAAAAUUAACCUCCGGAGAUGCACCAAACACUGAAGCCAAAGCCCUCAAGGUCUCAGAAGGGCAAUCUGAACAAGCAAUAGAAGCAGGAAUGCAACAAUUCGCCUUUGUCAACGAACCUUUCCUCUCUUGGGAUUUCUCCUUGAAAGAUGCCGAGGAACGCAAGAUCGGCAGCGUAAAUCGCAAUUUUGUCGGCUUUGCCAGGGAGAUCUUCACCGAUACUGGUGUUUAUGCUCUACGUAUGGAUUCUGCUAGUCUAGGGAAAGGAGUUGAAGAGACGGCCAUGACGUUGGAUCAAAGGGCUGUCAUGCUUGCUACAGCCGUGUCUAUAGAUUUCGAUUACUUCAGUAGACAUAGUGGUGUUGGCGGUGGUGGUGGAUUUAUGCCGUUAUGGUUCCCUGGCAUGGGAGGCGGUGCUGCUGAGGGAGGUGCUGUUGGUGGAGCGGCUGGAGGAGCUGCAGGUGAAGUCGGUGCUGCAGAGGGCGUUGGCGGUGCUAUGGGUGGUGCAGCGAGAGGUGCUGCUGGCACUGAAGGCGCCAUCGGAGCUGCUGGAACUAUGGCAGGUGUUGAAGCCAUGAACCGUGGAUAUGGUGGCCAGCCUGCCGACGAUGCUAGCCCUCAAGCCCCUGUCGAGCCUUUCCAGAAUGACGGCGGUGUUGGCCAGUCGCAAGGAGAUGCUUGGGGUGAGCAGAACCCCUGGGGCGAGCAGCAGAACCCUUGGGGACAACAACCUCAAGAACAGGAUCCAUGGUCAGGUGGAAACCAAGGAGGUGGCGACUCUGGCGGUGGCGAUGGAGGUGGUUUCGACUUUGACGAUUUCUUCUAGAUUGCAGGCUACCAUCACUUCUCAUGUAUUUUUCCAGCAUAGCGUAGCAUAUAUAGAUACCCCUCUCAAUUGUUCAUCACAGAAACAAAAGACCCGAU